UUUAUACGGAACCCUCGGUGAGCGAGUACGACUCGCACUUGUCCGGUUUUUUAAAUAUCGGUAGUUGCGCAAUGGAUUUCCAUACCACAUUGCUGGCCUAGGCCGGUAAAAUGAGCGUAACACGCACUUCACGUAGCGCGUCAAAAUUUAACUUUAAGACUAUUAUUGGUUUUCAGGUUACGUUUCACCCUUACGUCGUUACUCUGUCACUGAUUCGCACUAAAUGCUAUUCAUCCAGCUUUAUCAUGCGAACGGCGAAGGUUUCACUUCCUGCAAAUCUAUUCCCAGCCCACUAUACUUACCUUACCUUAGACUGAAUUAGAAUACCUAAUAACUAUACGGUAAUAAUUACUACCUAUACGGUCGGUAAAAAGCGCGUUUCAUUCGUCAAUGUGCACGUAGAAGUAUUAAUCGACUUUUUAAGACCUUUUACAGUGAACGAUUACAUACCUACUUACAGUUUUAGUUAGGUAAUAAAACUAUAAUAAUAAAUAUUACAUAACGAACGAACGUAUUUAAACAUUUUUUUUUCUAAAAAUGAACGUAUAGGUAUAAAAAAAUAGUGCCUCUAAAAUCUCUUUCCAUCUAACAGAAAUUUUAAUGUGAUGAUCAUUAUUAGUCAAGAGGAAACUGACAGUUGUGAAAAGAAAAUGUGAUUUAUUUCAUAGAGAAUAAAAUAUUUAUCCCUUAACGCGAUUUUCUCACGGGUAUAAUAAACGCCCUGAAAAAGCCAAUUCUGAUUUAUAAGAACAUUGCGACGUUAUACUAGGUAUCCCUAUAUUCCUCAAGAAGAAAGCUAUCAAGAUUGAGCAAAAAACACACUCUAAUAAAACGAUAAAACGUCAAAUUCAAACGAGUGAUGAGUCCAGAGCUGUCAUUCGGAAAACAUCGAUAAAUCUAAAGCAGAGGGCAGCACCGGGCCAGUGCCUGCCCGCGCCCUGGGCAAAGCGGACGCCUCAACGCUCUCAUAUCGAUUAGAGAAAUCCUCGAUAGAAAAUAUACGCGUCCCGCCCGUGGCGCUCCGCAGCCCUAACCAUGAAUAAAAAACCUAGAAAAACGUGCAAAUGUGUAUAAUUAAUAAUUUAAAAAAUAUAAAGGACUAGGGGAAACUGUGAGUGAUUAUCACUUGAAAUGAGUGGUCCUUUGUAAAAUAUAUUGUUUUGUUUAAUGAUUUUUCUGGUGGAUUUUUGUGGUUUUGAUGUUAAAAUGUUUGUGAUUUGGAGAUACCGAUUUGAUAUUUAACGUUCCUGCCCUGCAACCAUCCAGCGUAACCUCAAAACUGUCAAUUCGUCGCCAAAAUGUAUUUAAACUUUACCAUAUAAAAUACCUAACGCGUUACCACGGUACCUCGCUCUUUUGUCACUUUACUCUCAAAAUGUUUUAAAUUGAAAUUCAAAAACAGCCAAUAGACUGUUGGGUCUGCUUGUCCUUGUUGAGCUUAUUUUAUCAGAUUUUUAGAUACGUACACAUUUUUAUCACACAAUUUCAGUGUGUAUUUUCCGCAUAUACUUGUCAUUGUAACAAGCGCUGUUUAUCAAAAAAAUAAUUGAAAAAGGCUUCUUUUAAGUCAAGCAAAGACUUUCCAUUUCUAAAGCAAGUACCCGUCUAGUUUUAUGUGCGAAUAAAUAAAAUCCAAAAUGGCGACGCCACCCGAGUCUCCCGUGGAGGAGCACGCGUAUGAGUUGGAGCCGACGCGGACGCCGAAGCCGAUACCCGUGGCGUUGGAGGAGCUGUGUCGGCAGACCAAGUUCUCGAAGCAGGAGAUACGUGUCAUGUAUCGGGGGUUUAAAACGGAAUGUCCGGAGGGCGUGGUGCACGAGGACUCCUUUAAAGAUAUUUACGCCAAGUUUUUUCCUCACGGCAAUUCAGCUCUAUACGCCCACUACGUGUUCAAAGCCUUCGACGUCAACUGCAGUGGAUCCAUCAGCUUUAGGGAGCUCCUAGUAACCCUAUCGACGCUCCUCCGCGGCUCCGUGUACGAACGGCUCCGCUGGGCCUUCCGUCUAUAUGACGUGGACGGCGAUGGCGCCAUCACACGUGGCGAGCUAGCCGAAGUCGUGGUAGCAGUUCAUGAGUUGCUAGGGCGUCGGGCGCCGCCUGGGUCGCCACAUGCGAGACUGGAUGACGCUAAGGCUAAUGAACAGGUUGACCGAGUGUUCCACAAGCUAGACCUGAACCAGGAUGGCGUGAUCACCAUCGAGGAGUUCCUCGAGUCCUGCCUUAAGGACGAUGUGAUCAUGCGCUCACUGCAGAUGUUUGACACGGCACUAUGACGGCAGACCGACACGCACGCGCGCUCCGACUUCAGGACGGAAUCCAAGCGUCCGCUGCCCCGGCACGUGUGCCGCUGUACUCGCGCGCCGCUGCACGCGGCCGCCGCGGCGUGCUGGUCGCGCGCACGCGCGCUCGCGCGCCGGCUUGCUGCACUCCAGCACCUGUAUCACGUGUGGCGACCCAGGAUUAAUGCCAAGUUGUUUCUGGCCUUCUAAGCGGACGCUAGAGCGGAGCGUGCAGCGUCCGGCGUGCUGGUCACACGCUACUUAGCUGCGCUGCAGCUCUAUACCACGUGUGGAGACCCAGGCUUAAUGUUAAACUGUUUCUGACCUUCUAAGGAUGAAGUUGUCAUUCGAGUGGAGCGUGCGACGCAGCGUCUGGCGACCCAGGCUUAAUUCCAAUUAGACAAGCGGGCGUGUGGCACGGCGUCCAUGGAAUGGGAAGCACGCUCUUAAUGUUUUUGCAUUGGUUAAAACAAAUAUUUAGCAGUCGGCGUCAGCGUCGAGCGUGCACACUCAGAUCGUACGUUUCGUGACCGCAAACUACAUACACUUACACACGGCAUAAUGAAGUAUUUACGAACAGCGUUACAUAGAUAGGUGUAUUUCACUAAUAAAAUGCUGCGCAAGAGCGCAAUAAGUACUAUCAAAUCAAUACAACAGCCUAUGUUCAAUAAACCCAAUUAUUGUAGAUAUUUUUGAUUGUACGGAUGGACGAAACUGAAAUAAGCAAGCGCGUUCUACUAUAUUAAUACCGGAGCGCCUAUCUGUGGUGACCGCUCGUUGUCCUAAAAAUUUCAUGUACAAGGUCUGCGUUGUUAAACAAAUGCACACGUAUGCCUUAGUGUACUCUGCUCAUCUCUUGAUGCUUGACGCUCCACCGAACUCUCCGCUACGCUCGCCAUGAGGCCACUAUUUUCUACGUUACGUCGCUUCUUUCGUGUCACUAAAAACCGGUUAGCAUAUUAUAUCGCUUGUCACGCGGCGUGACUCACUAAAAUGCGAGGAGUGGAAUAAAGAGAGAGAAAGAGUUUACAUCCGAAAAAUCAAACUUUCAUGAAUUGCUUACUGUCGGCUGCCGCUGACGAGACAACGCUAUCGUAACAUCUCGCUUUAUCAUACGCUCCUUGCAUUUACAAUAAGUUUUAUUUUGAAUACCUACACUCUAAUUCUAUUAUAUCACAAAAUAAAUAAUAGUACUACGUACAGAAGGCUCACUCUAACAAAACGCGUCUAUUAGGACAGAUGACCGCAAGCGUAAGGAGGCGUCCGUUUCGUAGCGGCGCGGCAACCACUCCUGCUAGACACCAGAUCUGGUGUAGGCCGCAUGUACUGGUAGCGACGCGACGAAAUCGCGGAGUAAGCCACACGUAAAUAUAUCUCAGAUACUAAAAUGGCCAGCCAUGAGUGGCCAACAGAAAAACGGGUGCCCGAUUUUGAUGUAACAAUUUGUAACGGUUUUGUUAUUAUUUUGAUAUGACGUUGAAGAUCGCUCACGCUGAUUUUUGCAUGCAAAAUGAAGAGACAAAACGAUGCAAGCUCUUAUCAAAACCAACAGUCCAUAUUGUUAAAGCCAUUGACAUAUAUCUAAGCACGGGCUUUACGGGCACUAAGAAUGGUGCUACUGGUGCUAGUUCAGUGGUACCAUUCACGAAUUCGAGCCAAUCGUCCAGUCUAACGCAACUAGUUGCGACCAAUCGCGCGCGGGAUGCGAACUCAUCAACCAAUAGCGUUGUGGCGUUAGACUGCACGGUUGGCUCUAAUUCGUGUGCGUGACACCGCUGUACUGGCCCUAUUCUUAUUGCCCGUAAGACCCAUCCUUCUAUAUAUGUCAAUGGAUAAAGCAAGAUACAAAACAGACAGACAAAUAUAUAUUCGGUGAAGAGUUUGGGAUAAAGAAACAUAAUUUAUUUAAAACAACGAAACGAUAUAAAUAUAAAAAAAGCAUCUCGAAGAAACAAAAUUUGAUCCAUUCUAGCCUUUAUUUUGUACCUUAAUUUUCUUGACUGACCAAAUAGUACAGCGUUCUUACUCAAAAGAAAAAACAGAGAAAUGCUUCACCCCAUGUUUGGGGGUUUGGAAAUAUUAAUUUUAGGAAGGCGCGCGUAUAUAAUAAUAAUAGUAAGUUUUAUUGAAUUAUUUUUUAAGUCGUUAAUACUUAGUUAUCCGAAGUAUUUUAUAAUUCGUUUUUAAAAAUUAAUAGACAAAUAUUAGUGAGUUGGAUUAGCAAUAUUGAGUAUUUUAUAGAUAAUUCGAAUACCCAUAGAAAUACGUUGAAAAACUGGCCGCAAUCGAUAGGUAUAUUUUAGUCAGACAUGAACGCCAUAGUAGUUAUUUAGUUAAUAACAGAAAGUACAGAACCCUUAGUAUUUAGGGACUAGUGAAACUUAAUCGAAGUAGACAUAAAAUAAUACUUAGAUUAAUUUAUUAUUUCAGUAGAAAUUAUAUUUUUUUAGAAAUAACGGCAUGUUAUGUUUACCCCAAAAAUAAAAUAACUUAUAUUUCGGGGCCGCGAUCGAGAGAGGGCGUUAGUAACACAUGUCUAUCUCCCUCGCUCAUUUAUAUGAGAAUUAUGUGAGGAUUUCGAACAUUUAUCUGUUCGAAAGAGAUGGACAAGUUUAACCCUUUGAACGCUUUAUGUCAUAAACACCAACAUGCGCGCAAAGUGAGCUAAUGUUAAACCUUCUCGAAAGUGUGAAGGUUACUUUUGACAGCAUCCGCCAUAAACUAUAGUGUUUUUGGCGCUGCGGGCACGACUAGUAAAGACAAUUUUUUUCUUGGCGUUCAAAAGGCAAGAUAGCGGAAGUACUUAUAUCCAUAUUUGUUUAAGUCUAAAAUAUCUUUGACUAUAAAAUAGCAACCACCGUACUGAGGGUGAGGGCCAUACUGAAUUCUCACUCUCACUUGUAACUGCGUCCCGCUCGGCCGUCGGCCGCCGAGCCACCAGCAACAGGGUAGAGCUCCGAAGAGCAACUGGGUAUCGCUUAUAGUCUCGCAAACCAAAUUUAACAGUUUUUAAAGGCGACAAUUUUGCUAAAUGUAGGCGCGAAUGGUCGUGUUGGAUCAUGGUUGAUGAACUUCAAAAUGGCGAAGUCAUCUCGAGAUUACCUUUUUGUUUUAUUCUCAUAAAUGCACUGAGAAAAAAACAUUUAAAACAACUGAAAUUGCAUAAACGGUUAAUGUGUUAUGAGUUCCAUAUGAGCAUAUCGGACAAAACAGUAAAUUUUACUCUUCCGAAAAACAGUACACCGUGUAACAACGUCAUUUUUGACGUUUGAAUCCAUUCCUUAAAAUAUUCUUCAUUAGUAAGUGAAAAAAAAAUUGGAACCUGGAAGCUUCUAUUGAAUAUUUAUUUACGCCUUUUUUUACUGAGAAUUUGGUUUGUAAGACUAUAUUUUACUAAAAUUUACUAAAUUUUUGGAUGUGCUUACCACGAGAAAUAUAUUUUUGAAAAGUGAAUAAUUUUAAAUUGCGUUCAGGCUUCUGUCCAAUUUCAUAAGGAUUUUUAACAGUUGGUGAUUUUAAAAUGAGAGCACUGCCUCUUGAAUCUUAAUGAAUUAAUUAUAUUAGUUAUAUAGUGCAAUUAUACACUGACUCACCAAUGUUUUUUUAACUAAAAUUAACAAGAAUUGAAUAAUGUAUAUAUUUAUAAUACAAUACAAAUCCUCUUUAUUGCACAACCUCAAUAUAACAUCUUUUGUCUUGUCUUUGAAACUUUAUUCCACAUAAAGUCACACUUUUAUUGAUCAUCGUCAUCCUACGGUUUUACGUCUAAUUAUUUAAUAUAUUUUAAGAAUUUAAUUUUCGGAUUUGUACCUUAGAUAAUUCGAUUUAUCUUAGUUGAAUAAAACGGGAACUUUUUCCGUUUUAUGAUUAUUGAAUAAUCUCAAGACCUGCAUUGUAAGUGCCUAUGAAGGAAUUACAAAAGAAAUGUACCUACACAUAAUUUUAGUCUGUGAAGCAAUUUUUGUCAGUAACAAAAAAAAACAAUAAAAAAAACAGUGGCACUCCGGAGUGUCGCGAGUUUAACGUUUUUUUUCAUCUCAAAAAGUGCCCAACGCGUCUAAAGAAGUUUUCACUUCAAAAAUUGGCGCGAAGGAAGCAUGUUCCAUGGAUAAUAUUAAUUUCGCGCAUUUUUCUACUGACAAAGUUGUUUGACAGACUAUGUAAUUUAAUGUUCUAUUGUUGUAUCUAAUGGCUUCUACAAACGUUACCGAUAAUCGCAUGCGAUUUCCGAUACAUUACGGCAUUAGAUCGAUCGAGUUCGUUGCUCUUACUUAGCCGGCAAAUAUCUAAAAUCGCAUGCUAUUGGUUGCAAGGUCUUUGGAAGCCUUUAGGUAAAGUUAGUUAGGGUAAGAGAAAUGCUGAGCUAGGAAAUUAUUAAGUAUUGCAAUUUAUAUUAUCAAGAUGUAAGUUGCGAAUAAAGCUUAUUCGCACACGGCGGGAGUCUGCGAGAGCGCGCGUGCGACUAUACCCUUCACAUAGAGGCGGCGUGCGCGCGCGCACGCAGGCUUCUGCCGUGAGUGUGGAUUAAGCUUAAACAUUGUUAUAAACCUAUAAAUGUUACGAGAUUAAGGAAGUUGGGCUAAUGCUUAUUUUAUCCUAGAAAUAAUAAACCAUGUUAUUCUUGCCCUAACUGACAUUUAAUAUAGCUACACAAGUUUUAAAAACGUUAUUAUUAUUCGUUUAUAUUGCCAUAGGUAUAUCUAAAUGUAUCAUGAACUUCAAGACUAUAAUUUACUAAAUAUCAACAAUAAUUUUAAAACUUCAAGCAAUCGUAAAGUAAUAAUAUGCAAUUUUAUUCAUAUCAGUCGUAUUUUGGCUUUUUAGGUGUAUUUUAACAUGUUUUAUGGUGAAAUGGGUAUGAGUCUAAAAAUAAUGCCUCGUGAGCUCAAACCUAACUCAAGAUAACGAAUCAUAAUCAAAUACAAAAUGAUAAAAAAAUUAGUUUACGAUUGUCAAUGUUGUCUAAACUAUUGAUACGUUUUAGAAUAUAAUUUGCAUUUAUACGUAUUUACACUUGAUAUUAUUUAAGGUCGACCGGGAUAAGUUCGACGGUGGGAUAAUUGCGUCUAUUUAAGUUAUUUAAAGCGUGAAUUACAAGAGCUCCCGUCAUCUAAUGAUAAAAGCCUGAGCUACUUGGAAAUAAACGUACCUAAGGUUUGUAGAGGGCAUUACGACUACUCUUUUUCGUCUAUUGAUGCAAUAAUUAGAUAGUUGCAAUUAACUCGAUUAACCGUAUUACUUAGUAACCUCGUAUUAAACACGACUAUGGAAUUGAUUUGGGAAUUUGAUUUGUGACAGAAGUUUUUUAAGAAUUGUUAUAUCGACCUUAAUGACCGACACAAAUAUUGAAUCCACAAGGACUUUCGGUCAUACAUAAUUUACAUAUACACACAAAAGAAUUAACUCGUAUUCUGUAUUGCUUUUUGAAUAUUUUAGCGCAGAAGUUCCUAAGUUAAAUAUAAAUAUAGGUAAGGUACCAUUAUAGUUUAAUUUACGCAAAUUUAUGAAUAUUUGAGCAUCUUUCGGACUUACGGGCAUGGAAAGUAAAAUCGGUAAAGUCAAUCAGUACAAAUGCAUCCUAAAAACACUACACUUUACCCAGUAACGCGAGAAGCUAUUAUGUAGUGUUAUUUUCAUCGUCAACGUACGUAUUCACUAUUUAAACUGAAAAAGUGCGUAGCGGUAAAAACGAGUAACUUUUUAUUCUCUCUUUGCACGCAUUUUGGCCAACAUUUUCUAAAAAGUGGAUACUGAUGUGUGGUCUAAAAGCUUACAAAAUUGCGAAAUUUUCACUUGGAAAAUUUUCGAUAACUUUGAAGAACUUGAGGAAUCGAAAUUUUCCAUUUCCAUAAUUAAAGUUCCAUUUGUUUCCUGUGACUUUUUCAUCUGGAUUCUCCGAGAACUUUCCAACUUUUAGAAACUUUCCGCGACUUGCAUACCUGAGGAAUGUUUUUUCAGAAGGGCUAAUUUUUGUAUGGUUUUCAUAGAAAAAUAAGCCGUUUAAAAAGACACGCCCUAUCACUCAUCAUCAUGGAACCAUGCAAAGCUCACUUUCCUUAUUAUAUCGACCAAACUGUGUACUUCAAAGAAAUCCAAUAUUUUUUAUCAUGCCAAUAAAUGAAUGCUCGUAAGUCUGUAUAUGCAUUUUAUAUUUAAAUAUUGAAAUGUAUCCUUGCAAUUAUUUUUCUGUAUCUUCACGUGCACACAUAGAACGACGUAUCUUUUCUUACUUUAAAAGCAUUUUGGAUAUCUAGUAGUAGAGUUACAAAUUAUCUUAUGAAUAGUUGAAAUUGAUCUAUUGGUAUAAUGAAUAAAUCAAGAAUUGUUGACUGAUUUGACAAUUUGUAGAUGUGAACAGUUUCUAUAGGGCAAGAUAAUUUUCGAUAGGGCUUUUCGGUAACUAGCAUGUUUGUUUUUAUAUUAUCCCACAUAUAUAUCAAAAUGUGUAAUACAUUCGACCCUUUACAAUGCCAAACAGUGUCAGACAAUGUUAAAUAAUUACAGAUAGUAGCUAAUAAACAUUGAUUGAUAUCAAAAGCGGUUCUGCUAUAGGAUUUAAUCGUUGCAUAGCGUUGGUAUGUAAGUUAUUUGUAGUAUAUAAAACUAUUAUUAAAGAUCAGUGUUCAAUGUCUGAACGUGGAAGUCUUCCGAUUUCGUUGGAUAUGUAUUGGAAAGGCAAUGAUACUCGUAGUUUUAUUUUUACAAAGCGAAAGUAAGGUCAGACAGGGCAGCCGCAACUAUUUGCCCGCUUUACGGGACAAAUUAGUAAAAAUACUAGUGGGUCAGAGAAAAAAGUGAUCUUGGAGGAAUUAAGCAUUGGGUUAACUUCGCAAGCGAGAUAAUUUUGAAUAUUACAAAUAUUUACUACUUAAACCAGAACUAUUACGCUUUACUACUGUAACGCUUACCCAUCUUGCGUCCUGUUGCGUAGAUAAUGCUUCUAGUAGAUAUUUUUAAUAAUUUAAAUUAUCCUGCAUUCGAAGUUAUCCCAAUGCACCCUUACAAUUGCCCCCACUGAUCUUACCUUACUUUGGGAUUUCACUAAAUCUAAGAGUUACCGAAAAGCCUUCUGUAGUAAUAAUUACAUUAAUUAAAUAAGUAUAUUUAGACGACGGUUUUCAUUACUAUCAGUGUUGACGACAUUGGUAAUGUGUGAGUUGUGUGAUAUGAUGUGAAAAGUGUGAGUUAUAUCCAUUUUUGAAAAUGUUAGGUCGGGACAAAAACCUUCGGGAGAAAGAUAUAUAUCAAAUUAAUUUUGAAGCCUUGUGAACUGAUAGACCGAUUGGGGCACAGUCUUAAUCAGGAAACUGACAAUUAUACAUAUAGGUAUACUAAGGUCAAUUUGGAGAAGACUGGCAUAUAGGAAAAAAUUAUUGCAGGGAAGUUAAAGCAAACAAGAGAGCAAUAACUCUCGUAUCUGUAUUCGUUCGUACGACACUCUACCGCAAGACUCGAAAAUCGAAAUUUCGAAUAUACAACCGUGAUAGAGAGGCAAAUAACGGAAUUUUUAUUUUAGAGUUUUGGAAAGGAACAACUCCACUCCAUUUGCUUUACUGACCUUCUAUGGGUAGACAAACGUGAGAGUCAAAAGGGAUGAAAGAGCUUAUGCAACAGACGGUCUCUUCCACAUUGACCUUAUUUAAAUUUCCUAUCGUCUCAAAAUUAUGUCGAUGGAUUUCCAUCGAGUUGAAAAUUGUGUCAUGUCGUUUUUACCUCAUGGCGAAAUAAGGAACGGUCCUAUUUCGCCGUAUAGCCUUUCAAAGUAAACAAUAAAUAAGAGAGUAUUAUUUUAAUUAUUGCCAAAAGGAUUGGAUUUAUAUUUAUCUUACACACAUUUCACAUGAUUUUACUCAAUAGUAUAGUGAAUAUGUUCUAUUCACAUAAGUAUGAUUUACUUAUAGCGCGUAAUGUAGGACUUUUAGGGUCCAUUUUAAUUUUAAAUACGAAUAGUUAUAGAAUUGCUAAAAUAUAAGUAUGAGUUGAAGUAAUGCUGAUUUUCGUUUACUAUUCAUAAGUAUUUUUUUUAUCGAUAAAAUAACUAUAAGGUCGAGUGGGGUAAGUGCGACUUUUCUCGAAUAAAAAGUUAGAGCAACACACGACGGAAACUCUUUCCCUGUUAGAGUUUUCAAAAACCAUCAAUAGUAAAAAUGCAAUUUAAAAAGUCGCAAUUGCCCCAAAUCACCUUAAACUGGUUGUACCUGUUUUGUAUGAAUUCCAUGGGAAUUGAUGGUCUUUGACAAAUAUAUAAUUUAGACGUUUAGUUGUUGGUGCGGAGUUGAGGUCAAUGAUUACACACAACUACAGGAUGCUAAGUACGAAGAAUUUCGUACACUGAACCGUCAUUUUCUUUACAAGGUUAAUUUAGUCACCUGCAAUAAUUUACGGGGUGAACCUAUGUCAUACUGAGCAACUUUUACUAUGGGACCUACCUAAUCGCGAAAACAAUAUAUCGUACUUGCUAUCAUAAGAAAUAAGCUGUGACAGACGGACAGACAGAUAGACAUACAGACGCACGAGUGAUUCUAUUAGGGUUCCGUUUUUUUCCUUUUAAGUCAUUGGUCCUGCUGGCAAUACAUAGAGUUGGACCAAGAUAACUUUGGCAUGGUAUUUGCAAUGAUAAAGUGCGGAUGCCAUCAUUCUCAAAUUUAUAUGAAAAUAUGGCGUUAAGGAUGACACUGUUUCAAUUUAUUCCAUUCAAAUCGGUGCAAAGUUAGGAUGGUAUUCCACGUGUUCAAUUUCUUUGUCCAAUGUGCAUUGCGUCUCGUUCUCUCGUUAAACAAAAUGUGAGAUGCAAAUACACAUCGGACCACAGAAUAAAUAUCGUACAAAAAAGAAACUUCCUAAAAAAUCGAAGUUUGACAGUGAUUCAGGGACAACCAAAUGCUGUCUCUUUCUAAUGUAUGGCACUAUCCCUUUCGGCUAUUUAGGGUUGUCUAAAUACAAGUCAUUAUCUUUUCUAUGGUUGUGCACGUAGAGCGACGUCAGGUUGUGCCAUCCCUAAUAAUUGCUCGGAGAAAUUCUUAGCCGAACGGAGCCGACAAUGCCCGAAAGGAUCAGUUUCGCCCCCCUGAUUGGACCAAUAAAUUGGACACGUGGAAUACCAUCAUUAGACAGCCUUUAACGUGUUAUUGUGUGCGUGACCUCGACUCUAGUGCCGAUACCUGACGGUACCGCCAAUAUCGAGAAAUCGAAAAACGUUAUCUGCCUCUCUCGCUCGAAUAU